CUUGCGUGUAUCCGUAGCGAGCGAGCUUGGAACGAAAUCUUAACUAGCAACCAUGGGAAAGGAAAGAGUUCACGUGAACAUUGUUGUGAUUGGUCAUGUCGACUCUGGCAAGUCCACAACUACUGGUCAUUUAAUCUACCAAUGUGGAGGAAUUGAUCAAAGAACGAUAGAGAAGUUCGAGAAAGAGGCGGCUCAGAUGGGAAAAGGGUCGUUCAAGUAUGCUUGGGUAUUGGACAAACUGAAGGCCGAGCGUGAACGUGGUAUCACCAUUGACAUUGCUCUGUGGAAGUUUGAGACCACCAAAUACUACAUUACCAUCAUUGAUGCCCCCGGGCACAGAGAUUUCAUCAAGAACAUGAUUACUGGAACAUCCCAGGCCGAUUGUGCUGUGCUGAUCGUGGCUGCCGGUAAAGGAGAAUUCGAAGCUGGAAUCUCCAAGGAAGGUCAGACCCGAGAGCACGCUCUCCUUGCCUACACGCUGGGAGUGAAGCAGUUGAUCAUUGGAGUGAACAAGAUGGAUAACACUGAGCCUCCAUACAAUGGGGAGAGGUUCGAUGAAAUCACCAAGGAAGUGUCUGCUUACAUCAAGAAGAUCGGUUACAACCCCAAGGCUGUUGCCUUCGUCCCCAUCUCUGGAUGGCAUGGCGACAACAUGAUUGAAAGAUCUGACAACAUGAAGUGGUUUAAGGGAUGGGCUGUUGAGCGCAAGGAAGGCAAUGCCACUGGAUUUACCCUUCACCAGGCCCUGGAUUCCAUCUUGGCACCCUCGCGUCCAACAGAUAAACCUUUGAGACUUCCACUUCAGGAUGUUUACAAAAUUGGCGGUAUUGGAACUGUGCCAGUUGGUCGUGUCGAGACUGGAAUUAUCAAACCAGGAGUAUUGGUGACAUUUGCCCCUUGCGCUAUAACCACUGAGGUAAAGUCCGUCGAGAUGCAUCAUGAAGCCCUGACUGAAGCCGGACCAGGAGAUAACGUUGGAUUCAACGUAAAGAACGUCUCUGUCAAGGAGCUGCGCAGAGGAUACGUGGCUGGUGACAGCAAGAAUGAUCCACCAAAGGAAGUGAAGAAUUUCACUGCCCAGGUCAUCAUUCUGAACCACCCAGGCGAGAUUAAGAAUGGGUACGCGCCAGUGCUGGAUUGCCACACUGCUCACAUCGCCUGCAAGUUUGAGGAGAUCAUUGAGAAGGUGGAUCGCCGAUCGGGCAAGAAACUGGAAGAUAUGCCAAAGUUUGUGAAAUCUGGUGAUGCUGCCAUGGUGGUCUGCAAGCCAUCGAAGCCGAUGUGUGUGGAGAGCUUUGCCGACUACCCACCCCUGGGAAGAUUCGCUGUCCGUGACAUGAAGCAGACCGUUGCCGUGGGCGUCAUCAAGUCUGUGAUCAAGAUGGAGAAGGAAGGCAAGGUCACCAAGGCCGCACAGAAGGCCACUAAGAAGUGAUUGGUGGUCCCAUCGAUCUUUCGUCCGAGGGAUCGAUACUUCGAAACAAGGGAAAAGAAAAAAUACAAGAACUGUCUUUUUAAAAAGCUCGCUCUGCUUGUUACAUUUUCGUGGACUUUUUGGUUGCUUCACUCAAAACUUCAUCGUAAAGAAUUCCGAAGGAAAGCAAGGUACACAUCCGGCAGGUAGCGGAUGGUAUAUGAUUAUUUUAUUUCAACAAAGAAAAAAGGAAAAAAAUCCUAAUAAAAUGCUGUGUGUAUUUUAUUUCAACAGAAAAAAAGAAAAAAAUCCUAAUAAAAUGCUAUGUGUAUUUAUUAA